UUACUGACCUUCCUACUGCUGAUAUGGUGUUUUGCGAACCCUGGGAAGAAACGAAAAAAGAAAGCCAGUAAUUUAGUGGACAACAGGACGUAAUACGGGCAGCUUUCCCUUGCCAUCUGCAAGCUUCUAAUGCUCGGAGCUGUGAGCAUCAGGCCCGCUGAAAUGCUUGGACCGCAUGCCAUACUGUUAAUACCUCUGAUGAUUAUAUUUGCUAGGCAGGAGGCGGUGCAAAGUGAAAACAUCUUGGCCCUGAUUAACCUGGCGUCACCUAGUCAUUACUUCUUUAACAGAGCUCUAACGCGCUCCCUUGCCGCUAGAGGCCACCAGGUAACGGAGCUAGGUCGUGACACUGAUAGAGGGCCUGUACCUAACCUGACGCUCAUACCUCACGGAGGCUUCUACUCAGCUCUCGUGCCAGACUUCGACUUUGACAAAGAUGCAAGUCAGUCAACAUCGCAAACUAUGGUCACUCUUGCUCAUUUCGCGGCGAUCAGUUGCGAAAUGUUCCUUGAGUCACCAGCUGGGCAGAAGCUACUAAACUACCCCUAUAAUGAACCAUUUGAUCUCAUCAUUAUAGAAGGGGGUUGGACCGAGUGCUUCUAUGGAUUUAUCCCUAAGUUCGGUUCACCACCCGUUGUUGUACUCUCACCCUAUGGCCUAACGCCAUGGAUCAGCUCUGCAACCGGCUUUCCCACCAACCCUUCGUACGAACCAUUUAACUCAUUGCCGUUCACAAGUCACAUGACUUUCACACAGAGAUUAAUCAAUUUCGUUACACAUGUCGUCUUAAAUACCAUAUACAAACAAAUGAGUGUUCCGAAGUUAGAAGCCUUACGUAGAGAACAUUUCAAAGAGACUGAGCCGUCUUUCUCCGACAUCGAGAGGAACUUCAGCAUAUAUCUAGUGAACAUCUGUCUCGGACUGGACGACCCCCGGCCGCUACCCGCAAAUGUAAUUCCCGUCGGUGGGAUGCACGUCAAAGAGAAGACCAACCCACUCCCAAAGGACCUCAAGCAAUUUCUUGACGAGGCGAAGGAGGGCUUCAUUUACUUCAGCAUGGGCACAAAUUUCAAUGGCUCCAAGCUAAGGGAAGACAAACGAAAGGCGCUGAUGAGCGCUUUCUCGGAGCUGCCGCAGAGGGUUGUGUGGAAGUUCGAAGCAAACAGCCCGCCGGAGACACCUCCCAACGUCUUGGUCAGCAAGUGGCUGCCACAGAGCGACAUUCUCGCUCACCCAAACAUCCGGAUGUUCAUCUCCCACUGCGGAAGACUGAGCACGAUUGAAGCAGUGUAUAGGGGCGUUCCAGUUGUGGGAGUACCCAUCAUGAUAGAUCAGACUUCUAAUCUCCAGUUACUUAUCUCCAAGAACGUGGCCGUGAAACUGGACUUCCUGACCCUGACGAAGGAGAGCGUCCUUGCAGCAGUGCGGGAAAUUCUCGACAAUGACAGUUACCGAACCAACAUGAGGAGGCUGUCCGCAGUGUUCAGGGAUCAGCCCCAGACGCCCCUUGACCGCGCAGUGUACUGGACGGAGUACGUCAUCAGACACAAGGGAGCUCCUCAUCUCAGAUCUGCAGCUGCUGAUCUCUCCUGGUACCAGUACCUGCUGCUUGAUGUGAUACUGGUCUUCGCCACCGGCGCGCUGCUAGUCGUGCUCAUCAUCUAUCUAGCAAUCAGGACACUGUACAAGAUACCAACUAGGAAACCUACCAAAAGAAUAAAAACAAAUUGACUGAUUUCCAGCAAGAGCCAGUACAUCAUAACAUGGGUUUUCAGUUGGGGCUUCAUUUCCGAUCGGACACUUGACCGGGAUCAGAAUAAAGAAAUUCGAUUUCAAUGUGAACAAAAUUUUCCGGGGAAAGCAUAUUUCCUCAGUACAGUUACUGUCGUCUCAUGUUCGUGCUUAGUUUGUGAGUGGCUUUUGUGCUGUUGAGUAAGCACGCAAGAAGAAAAUAAUUUAAUUGAAUUAGCAUUGAUGUUACGUAAUAUUAAAGUAACUUUCGCAACGUACCGAGUCAGAGAUGAGACAUGAAACCUCCGCUCCAGCCACGGCAGCUAGUACUGGCCGACUGGCUUCUCUAGUCACCUCUUAACGGGGUAUGCACUGAACCAAACAUAAGAGUUCCUUUUAUUGUAUUUAAGCAUCCUGUUGCAUUAAUAUAUCUACUGAACACACAUAUUUCCGUCUUAAAUACAGCUUAUAAUCUGGUCACCUUUCUUCCUCAGGUGUCUUCUAUCUUGCUAAAAUUGUUGCAAUGUACGUCAAAGUUAAGUAUCGCGUGUGAACGCAAUAUUUCCUAAUUAAAAUGAAUUAAUCUUAAUUAAAUUUAUUUAAAAUUAAUUAACAUCCCAAUGUUUUCCUUAGUGUUGUCGUCCAUUUGACUGAAAUAUAUAAAUAUUUAUUUGCAUUUAUUCGCGUGCGUUCCCUUUGUGGUGUACGUACUAUGCGUGCUACUUGUGCAGUUCGGAAGCCUGUGGAUGUAUUUACUGUCAGUUUUGUUAUGUAUGCUCCACUGGCUGCAGUUUCUUCCACACUGUCAGAAUAGUUACAUUGUUAAUUGGUCUAUGUACGUAGGGAAUUCUGCGCAAAUAAAUCCAAAACGAGAGAUAUUCAAGCAUAUGUCUUUUGAAGGAAUGGAAGACAACCACAAGGAAAACAUUGGGGUGUUAAUCAAUUUAAACAAUUUUAUUUUAGGUCAAUUUAUUUCAAUUAAGAAAUAUCUCGUUCACACGCCAUACGAAAAUUUGACAUACAGUACAACAAUUCUAACAAGAUAGAAGAUACAUGAAGAUGGGGGUAUACAGUCGAAACAUGUGGUAAGGAGGAAGGUUGACUAGAAGAUAAGUAGUGCUUAAUACGGAGACAGAUCUGUAAAACAGAGUUUCUUUACCAGAACAAAUGAAUACUCCCAGUUUCAGAAACACAAGGUGCCUGUCUAUAUAUGUUUCGGGUAUCGUGAAAACAAAGCAAUGCAUAACGGUGAGUCGUGUCAGUCUGUUCGGGCAUUUCAUCUACAAAUUAUUCUAUGUGAAAUUCUCGUGAAAUGAUUUGACUUACAUACUGUUCCAGUUCACGCCGAGUCACUUGAACUGUCAAAUUACAAAAUGUUCGAAAAGUUUCGUGCCUUAACAUCUGAGAUUUUAAACAAAAUGCAGAUCUCAUUCAAAUCCAUAAUUUCUAUUUCGCACAUUAAUUAACAUGGCGUUAAGUGGAACAGAUUAACAAAAAUAACAAUAAUACUUAGCUUCUUACGCAAUCAGUUACUUUUACCGUGUCAGAUUGCAGGUUUCUGGGUUGUGAUACCGUGCGCUCAGCACACCCCGAAAUGUCUGUUAACUGUCUUCACAGCAAACAUACAUAAUCAUGUUACUGCAAUACUGAAAGUCCACUGACAUAAGAAACUGUAAGACAUUUUAUAGUGAACUAAAAGCAAGUGCAACAUACAGUUUGUUGCAACUGCGAGAAUUUCAUCAGAGCAAUCUUAGCCUUAUAUACAGGUUCGGGAUAAGCUUACAGACACUAAGCAGCAGUUUCGCUAAGAAGGGCCGAAAUUCGGAAGAUGAUGCAAAAAUAAAACUCCGUGUUAUUACGAGCCGGGAUAAUGCAGUUGGUACAGCGACUGGCUACAGGCUUCAUAGCAACGUGGUCGGGGUUCCAACUCCGAGUAGGAUCAAGAAUUUUCUCUUCUCCACGUCGUGGAGACCGGUUCUGGGGCCCACCCAACCCCCCUAUCCAAUAGGUAUGGGGGGGGGGUCUUUCCCCGGGAUUAAAGCAACAGGGUUGUUACCACUCAACUCCGGUUAAUGCCACAGACAAGAAAACGUGGAUCUACACGUCCUCUCCUCCUUACGCCUUCAUGGCGUAGUGCUUAAUUAUUUAUGCACAGGGACAACUCUACCUACCUUUUAUGUAAUUAUUACAAGUGUGUGUUGUGCCGAUAGUGUAGUUCAGAAUAACCUGACCUCACAAACCGAUCUCAGAUUUUGAGAGGAUACUGAUAAAAAAUACCAGACAGCAAGGGUCAAACGUAAUAAUAAGUUUUUUUAUUGUGGAA